AUGGCCGAGGCCAAACUUGAAUCGCCUGCUGCUCCUGCUGCUCCUGCGCCGCGCAAACGGGGCCGUCCUCGAACCGUUACCGACGAUCAAGAAAUCCCAGAGGUAAGCGAUAAAGCGAAAGAUAAAGCAAGACGUGCACCCGGCUCAUUUUAUGUCCAGAGACGUCGCAAACAAUUACGUGUCGCACAGCAAGCAUAUCGCAAGCGGAAAGAGAACACCAUCACCAAUCUGCAGACUCGCGUGCAAGAGCUUGAAUCUGGGAUCGAGGAUCUCAGCCAGUCUUUCCUAUCAUUCAGCAAUCUUCUUCUCGAAGCCAAGAUACUUGAAACAAAUCCAGAUAUCACUUUUGCCUUGCAGAAAAUCACCCAGCAAUGUGUCGCACUCGCAAAACAAGGAUGCGACGAUGAAUCCGGAGAGAAAACCACCGCCGAUAUUGUCGAUACGGUGGCGACAGUCGACCGCAGCAAGCACAGUACACCGGAAAUCAACCUGGAUUUCGAUACAGAAAUAGUACAAGCGAAUAGCAUUUCGUUUACCGAAGACCCAUUUCAACCCUCAUUGGCCACUUUGGCCCAUUGGACACAAUUACCACCGACGCCUCCUAACCAAGACCACUCUAUUCUCCCCUUCGGCAUCGUCUACUCCUCACCUCCUCUUUCCUUUUCGAAUACCAACCAAUCAUCACCGAGUCCUCCAACAACGAUAUCUUCGGGCAGUCUCAUACAGCAAGGACGGUGGAAUCUCUCCCAGCGACUUGUGCGACAAUGUUGUCAAAAUGGAUAUUGGCUAUUGACCAGCGACCCCUGCGACGAAGCAAAGAUCGAACAUAUCUUCAGAGCCCCGUUAUCAAUAAAUGAGCGUAAUCGGAUGAUAUCGUCAUUUUAUGAUACCACGCACGAUGAGGUUGGGGAUCGCAUCGAACGCAUAGCGAGGGUCCUCAACCCCGUAUACAAUGUGAGAGAAACCCUUUCGCCAGAGCAGCUUACGCGCACAUCGCGAGCAUGGAAAUUGAUCACCGAGGCCGGAGCUGGAGAAUAUAUGGAUGCUAGUGGAGUGCAAAGGUAUCUGGAACGGAAAGGGGUCCGGGUCUCUGAUAGUGAUACGGGAUACUCUAGUCCAUCCAUCGAUUACACGUCAGAAAUUAACGCGACAAUGUUUAUACGAUAUCUUUCACUCCGGUGUAUUUGUGUUGGUGCUGGACCGGCAUUCAAACGGAAGGACAUCGAAAAGGCAUUGUACAUGUCGAGCCCGCAUAAUCAGUGGCAAAUUUGA